CCUGCUCAGCGGAUCCAACAGCACUUCGACAACCUUGACGAUUGAUCUCGGCACUACAUCCCGGCCAAACAGCGGCGCCUUACGGAAACCGCAAUGGCUGACUCGCCUCUUUCGACGCCCAAGAGGAAGCGCACUCCGCCUGACGAUGUGGCCGAGCUAGACACCACGACGCAGUUCACAUUUGACCUUCACUCGCCUCUGGACGACGGCAGCGCGAGCCCGCGCACUCGAGUUGCACACCGGUUUCGCGGCUUGGCCUUGGAUGGCGGGGGCGGGGUCAGCCCCCCCUCCGAGGGUGGCGGCAGAGCAUCGCGAUCCCCAGAUCCGAUCCGCAAUUCUUUUCUUUUCAUGCGAGGCGACUUGACAGACGGGGCGCGGAAGCGCAUGAAACUACCCGAAUUCGAAGUUCCGGAGGGUGAGGGCCUGCAGACGCAGGCGCCCGCCGCCGACGGCCCGGCGAAUGGCUCUCGAACGCCGCCAAAGGGCGAGCCGCAGCAGCAGCAGCAGCAAGGACAAAACCCUAACGCAGCCGGGAAAAAACCUGGCCAGCGGGAACGCUCCCCAAAGUCGGUCAAGUUCGCACUAGACACCGCAGUCGUCGAGCAGUCCGAAACGAUAGCCAACACUUCUCCCCCCUCCGGCACCGCCGCCAAUUCCGCCGCCAACAGCAGUUCGUCAGCGUCAGCUCUGAGCUUCCCGCACGGCGGCGGCAAGUCGCAGACGCCCCCGCGCAACAAGCGAGCCGGCACGCCGCCUGCGCCAAUGUUUAGCCCUCAAAGCUCAUCAUCUCCCAGCCCGCCCAGCUCGGAGGGCGACGCGCCGGUGAUAACAGACCCGCUGCGAGCGAGCCUGACGUGGCACGACGACGAGAUCACCAUCUACGACCCCGACGACAGCGACGACGACGGCACGGGGAUCAACGGCAUUGGCUUCAAGCCGACGCCGGCCAUCGCGCACGCGCGCAUCCUCAAGCGCCGGCAGCAGCUCGCCGAAUACCGCAAGCGCGAGGAGCGCGAGGCCCGCGCCAAGCGUAGCCAGCGCCGCCGCGGCAGCCCUUCCGUCACGGCGACGACGGGCCUCGUCGAGCUCAGGGGCAAGGUCGAGCGCCGGCGCGUGCGCUUCAUGGAGAGCGCGACCGAGCUGAUCGGUGUAUAAAAGCCAGGUAUUUUCCCAUCCUUGGACAUUAUUAUUCUUUCUGUAUACAUUUCUUUUUCGUGGUAUUUCCGGGGUAUUUUCCUUUCUUGCGGUAUUUUUACCUCCUCGGACCUGGCCUUGAGUUUACGGAACGGAACUGGGUAAAUUCUUAGACGUCAAUCUCUUGGCAUUUCUCGAGGGGCUUAUACUGGUUCCGAUGGACUUUCCUUGGUCGAGAGCAACCGAAUGGGUAUGUAGGCUGGCGGCGUUUUGCGUAAGCGGAUUUUCACUCUGGCAGGAAAAAAGGAAAGUGA